UCAAUUCUACAAGUGGUUCUAAUUUACUAUCGCUGUUCUCUAGCUGUCUAAAACCGCUUUUGACCUAAAGGGACGCUUUUUGGACGCUAUGGACGUUUCUCAGGUUCCAGGCAGAAAGAACAGUAAAAAUGCAGGCAGGGCACAGGACAAAGCACUAGGGACAAAAUGUAUGUGAAAUGCUUUGAUACAGUAAUGGUAUUGAAUGAAUGUCAAAUUUUUACAUUUUUGAAUUUCCCGCUGGUUCUGUCCCACGUACGUCCCGACACUCGCAGGGAACGGAACCCAGAAGACAGAUGCCGGCAGCAGCUGGAGGACAUGGCCGGGGACACUGCAGGGGGGACA